AUGGAUCAAAAUCAUGAUAGUAUGAAUGAAGUGAAAUCAAAAGAAUAUCCAAAGAGUUCAAUCAACUCGCUUGUACCACCAUAUUUUCAAAAAUAUGAACAAGAAUAUACAACGAUUCCUUUAACAGAUGAUUAUGAUGGUGAAGUUAAUCUUGAUGAAUCAGACAUCAAUGAUAAGAAAUCUGGAUUCGCCAACAAUUCCUCAGGAUUUUGUGAUUCAGCGCCAUCUGUGCAACUGGGAGGAAAAAAAAGAUGUUGCUUGAAGUUAUUGUUAUUAAUUAUCUCGAUUAUUUUAUUGAUUUCUCUAUUCGAAAAGCAUUCAUUACAUAAUAGGGAUCGACAUUUUAAUUCGAAACCUAAAUUUCCAUGGAAAGGAUCAACGAACUUCACGUUCGAUCCAGACCUAUUCAAAAAUUUUCAACUUGAUAUCAAUGGAUAUCUUACGGAUGGACACGUAAUAAUAUCACGCUCAUCCAAAGCGAAAAAUGUGACAAUUGACACCAAAAUACUAUUAAGCAGUCCUCACCUUCAAGAUUUUGUCAACGUAGCUACAUACGAAGAUCUUGCCACCGAGAAAUUCAGCCUCAUAAUUAAUUCUCUAUCGUAUGAAGGAAUGAGGCAAGCUUGUAUUUUUGUGCAAGUGGAAAUCAAGUUUCCGAAAUCAUUAAAAAAUUUCGGUGAUUUGAGUUUCAAUACAUUAAAUACAAAAAUUGCUACCGAAGAUAUGGAAGGUUUGAUAUUUGAGAAGGUUAAGUGGACAAUUCUUGAUUCUUAUAUUCAAACGGAUAAUCUUCAAGCACGUCAGAUCAACAUUUAUUCAAACCGCCAAAUUAGUGGAUCAUAUUCAGUUUCAGAUUCGCUCACUUUUCAAACGUCAAACGCGAAAAUUGAUACUAUUGUUGAUCAGUUAUUACUCAGCAAUAAAAUCAAUUCUCCAAUAAAAUCGAUUAAACUCGAAACAACUAAUUCUGCGAUUAUUGGGAUUUACCCGUAUUCCGAGUCGUUUGAGGCACACACAACAAAUGGUGAAAUUUUCCUUGACAUUAUUGAACCAGAUGGGAAAGUUGCUCUAUCUAAAAAUCAUGAGAUUCCAAACAUUUCAUUGGAUACUACAAAUGGAAGGAUUGGCGGAUCUUAUUAUGUGGAUGGUGAAUGGCAUGCAACCACUUCGAACGAGAAUAUAGAGGUUAAUAUUGAUUUAUCAAAAGACGAUGAUGCUAGUAAUGAUGAGAAAAAAAUCACUGGUCAGACUACAAAUGGAAAUAUAGAUAUGGAAGUGUCGGACGCAUAUCAAGGUCGUUUCCACUUGGCCACCACAAAUGGCAAUACAGAAAUCAAGGAAGGUCAUGAUAUCCAUUACACAAUCGACAGAAGACAAUUGAAAACCGGAUAUAAAGGAAACGAUGACGCGUCGAAUCGUAAUAACGAGUUGGUGUUGUUUAAUACGAAUGGAAUGAUUACCCUUAGCUUCUUUUAA